AUGCUUUCCCGUGUAGGAUUAGGAUUAGCCAGACCAUCUCGCCAACUCUUGUUCAAGUCCACCUUGACAAGAUGUAUCUCCACAGUCAAGGCAUCUCAUGACCAAGAACAAGAAAUCCUUGUUCAACAGCGUAGAAUCAGACCAGAAUCCCCACAUUUAACCAUCUACAAGCCUCAAAUUACCAUGGUGUUAUCAAGUCUUCAUAGAAUCACCGGUGUCGCAAUGGCCGGUGCAUUCUACGCAUUAGCUGUCGGAUAUGCUGCCGCUGGACUCACGUCGUUCCACUUUGAUUCUGCUUUAAUUGUCUCAACAUUCGCAUCUUUGCCCACCUACGUGCAAGUGGGAGCCAAGGCUGUCAUGGCCUAUCCAUUUGCAUUCCACGCUUUCAACGGUAUCAGACAUUUGGUCUGGGAUUUGGGUAAGGAAUUGUCCAUCAAGGGUGUUAUCAGAACAGGUUACGCCGUAUUGGCUGCCACUGCCGUUUUCGGUUCUUACUUGGCCUUCCUCUACUAA